CUUUAACCGUCAAAUGUGGAUUUGUUUUGUUUUGAAUUUUGGGAAAAUUUUGUAAUUUUCUAGCAUGCGAAGAUGACAUCGUAUUUAAAGACGAAAUCGGGGAAAUUUAAUCGUGAGAAGAAUGAUUUUCAAGAUGUUCCAACUUUUACUCGAUUAAAUAAAAACAGACCAAGAGAAAUGUCGUCUAAAAAUCCUGUUCCGGUCAUUCGAGACGUGUUCCAAGUAAAAAGAAAGCAUUCCCGUGACCCAAGAUUUGAUGAUUUAUCUGGAGUGUUUAGCAAAGAGCAGUUUGAAGAAGAUUAUUCUUUUAUCAAUGACAUUAAAUAUCAAGAAAAAAAGGCUCUGGAAAAAGAGUUACAAAGAGUUGGUGAUGAUGAAAAACAAAAACAACAAAUCCUUUAUCUUCUCCAAAGAAUUAAAAACCAAGAAAAGUCAAAGAAAAUGGAAGAGAAGAAGCAGGCAGAAGAACAGAUAUUUAAAGAAGAAAUGAUGAAUACCCUUAAAUCUGGGAGGAAGCCAUAUAUCCCAAAGAAGUCGGAAAUAAAGAAGAAAAAGCUUGUUGAAUCCUUCGAGGCUUUGAAAAAAUCUGGAAAGUUGGAGAAAUACCUUGAAAAGAAGAGGAAAAAGAUGUUCUCUAAAGACAAAAAGCGAUUUUAUAAAUAAAUAUUUUAAGUAUUAAAGAUAUAUAUUUUUAUGAUUCCUGUUUUGUAAUUUUAAUUGAAGUAAAACAUUAUUUUUAGGUUUUGUGUUAAAUGAUAGUGCCCCAAGUAUUAAAGUGUGAAAGCAUAGGUGUCAUAUUUGGUUAUGUUUGACCAAUUUGCUAUUUUUGAUUGUAUUUUGCUGGAAAAAAGUUGAAAAGAAUUCCACUUCUUCUUUUUCGGCACUACAGCCUAGGGCAGACCAAGACCGUCUCAAUCGGUUUUCUCCAUCCCGCCCUGUCAGAAACAUAUUUCCUCCAUCCACUGAGGCCAACAGUUUUUAAGUUUUUUUUUGGCACAGUCGAGCCAUCUGGUUGGUGAGAGGCCCCUCUUGCACGCACCAUCUGGAUUUGUGAAGUUGACUUUAUGGGUUGUGUCCCUACUAUCUAGUCUAAAGAGGUGCCACAGCCAUCUAAUGCGAUUAGCUUUAAAAAAGUGGAUAAUAUCUGGCUGUUUAGGCUUCUUCGCCGAAGUACAAAAAUAAACAUAUACAAGACCCUUUUAAGACCAGUCCUAACUUAUGGAAGUGAGUGUUGGGCUUUAACUAAUGCAGAAGAAGAUAGAUUGAUGGUUUUUGAAAGGAAAAUUGUUAGAAGAAUUUUAGGUGCUGUCCAGGAAAACAACAGAUGGUGCACUCUCUAUAAUUUUUUUGAAAAGAAUUAAUCAAACCUUUAAAUUAUCUAGAGGUUUCUAUAUUUUAAGCCCAUGCAGCUUUUUAUUUUAAACUCAAAAUAAUACAAAAAUUCUCAGAAUUCAAGUUAAAAGGAAAUGUUAAUUUGAAACCGUUGAGUAUUUAUAUGAAAAGAUACCAAGAUUUACCUCUGUGCAGAAACAAAUUUUGAGAGCCACAAAUUUACAUCAUUAAAACAGAUAACUGUAAGCCUCUUGAGCACAAGAUCUGUAUGCAAAACAAUUAAAUCAUGUUGCCACAAAUUUCAAUGAACUGCUAAUUUUGUUAGCUGGAAUUUGCAUUUCGGUGUGAAGGAAUUCAAUCAAUGUAAUGCAGACAGGCCAACUCUCCUGCUUUAGUGUUCAAUCUCUGGCCUCCUGCCAGAAAAGAAAUUUCUUCUGCUUUUUAUGGAAUUAAAAAGUUGUCAAAUUUCGGCUGUCGAGUACAGUCAAGAGUCUUUAAUUUAGCAUUCAUUUAAGAGGAGAUAAUUUAGUGAACCUAAUGACUUACUGUUGAGGAAUUAGACAUUUGUUACACCAAAAAUUUGGUCAAUAUUUAUUUGGAAAAAGCUGAAGCAGCUACUCUAGCAACUUUAAAGAAACAUUAAUGCUGAUGCCAGUUUAUUUUAGAACUAUCUUUUAAAAGUUUUUAACUUAAAAUUAUAAAUGCAAUAGUUUGUGUACUCAUUUUUCUUCAAUUUGUGUCUAAAAACAUGAAAAUUAUUUAUUUUGUGCAUUGUAUUUGCAUUCGACUGGUUCCAAGGUGUGAAUACUUUUCCUACGUUUUUGUUUUGUUUGUUCUGCUUUUUCAUUUUGUAAGAUUGACGAGUCUGGUAAUAGCAAUUAAAAUGGGACUAAACAUUAUUUAUUUGACUGAUACAGGUAUUUUGUUGUGUUAAUAUUCCAUGUAAUGAGAUUUUGAUGCAUAUUUUUCUAAAAUUUUGUGCUCUAUAGUUUAUAAAUAAUAUAUAUGGAUGGGACAAGGUGCUGUACAAGUAAAUAUAAUGCCAGUAUAAAAUUUCUUGAUCAAAGAAAUCAAAAAUGAAAAGUAAAAAAUAUUAAAAAAAUAAUUAUUAAGUUACAUAAUAUAUCUUGCAUUUCUAUUGCACAUAAAAUGAAUUACAAAUAUUUGAGAAUGUUUACAAUUAAAAAAAAAAGAAAACAAUAUGUAACAGACUGCAGUAAUCACAUGGCGUGGCUAAUUUUCUUGACUUCUAAAACCAACUUUUCUACUAUCAUGGGGGUUUUCACAGCUUGUUGCUAGCAACUGUGUGUGAAAGGGCAAUUUUUGUAUGAAUUACAAAUUCAUGAAAUAACAUGUUUAGGAUGUAAAAUUAAAAAAAAAAAAAAAAAACAAAUGAUAACCCCUCCUUGGCCUCCCCGAAUCGCCCCUACUGGGGACAUUCUUAUUCCUUAUAAUGAAAUCUUACUGCAUCCAAAGUAUUUUUCUAUGGCAAAAAUAGAGAAAGAAGAAAAGACUUGUGAACUGUCCCUUCGAGCUUUCACAAACGAUUUGUGACCAAACCUUGCUUUUUUUCUGACGUAAUCAAGGAAUUCUUUGUUGGAAGAAUUCUUGAAUAGUUUUGUUGUUAGGUCAUCAAUAUCCUCAUAUAGGUAAUAGUCGAUGAUCGAAUAACCUGCAUGUUUCAACAAUGAAACGUGUGCUAUGGCAUGAUAAUUUGAUAAAAUGUUUUGAGAAAAUGUUUAACAUGCAGGGAAAAACUUUAUUGCGACAAGGCUGAACUCGAUCCAGUAAAUUAACUGUUUUACUGGUAAGACUGUCAUUUCAGGGGAACAAAGAAAUGAAAAAAUGGUCAACAAUGAAAGCUACCUAUUGGAGUUUAGGGUUAAUCCACUGGAGUUAUGGUUACAAUUUCAACUCUCGAACGAUCACAAACAGGCAAUUGCUUCGUUCAAAUGUAGAAGCAAUUUUCACCCGUCGUACCUUGAUGGACGACUUUCUAGUUGAAAGUAAAACUAGUAAUAUCGAUAUUUUAAAGCUUGCAAUUUAAUCUAUUUCAUUUAAUCUAUAUUUUAUUUCAUGCAUCUGUUAUGUUUCUAAUCAAACAAAAUUUAAUUUUAAAGAACCAUGUAAAUAACUGGCCGCAUAACCAGUUGUGUUCCCAUAGGGUAUACUUCAUAUAUGCCAUAUGCUCUGAAACAUUUUUUAGACAUAUAGCAUAUACCCUCAAGCUUCAAAAAUUUUAAUAUUAUGACAUAUUAUAUAUAUAUAUAUGAUCGUAUACCCAUAUUGUGCGUAAUGGAUUAAUGGAAGUAUGCCCUCAGAAAAAUUGAUGGGAACAUCACUGGCAAUAAUUACUUCAACUACAAAUUCAAUGGAUUGAACAUACGUGAUGAACAACAGGAUGAUUUGUGGCAAGCUUGCAAGAGGGCAACUGCCGUACUAAGUGUCGUAUCUAGUGAUGUUAAAUGCCCGGGUAUUUAUUUUCAGGGGUUAAUACCCACAGGGUAAAUACCCAAAGUGGGUAUUUACCCGGGUAUUUAUUUCAAAAAUUUAUAUUCAACUAAAAUACUUUUCUGUAUGUAUUCCACUAUGUAUGUAUAUAACCAACCAUAUACAAAACAAUAAAUUUUUGCCCAAAAAUUCUUUUUGAUCACAUAUUUAAAUAAGUAUUGUGUGAAACAACUUAGCAAUUUAAUAUGAUAUUCACAUUAAAUGUGUUGGAUAUGCCUUAUCAAUGUUGAUAGCCAAAUUUAAGAUAUAAAAAAGCCAUCCUACAAAAAGUAAAAACUUACAAAAAAAAAGAAAAGAAAAGAAAAAAGCAAACAUCAAUUUUUUAAGGUCCUAGUCUUUUAUAACCCAGUAAUAUGUCCCUGCACGACAUCAAAAUGUCACUCAAUUUAUUAUUACUAUUUAUUUACCUAUAUCUUUUGCAGAAAUUUCUUCCAAACCUAGUUCAAGUGUUCAGGCAUAUUCCGCAUCUCAUAUAUAUAUAUAAUAGACAUGCACACACACACAAAUAUACAGACACAUUUAAAAUUCAAAAAUAGAAAGGAACAAACCAAAGAUGUUCUGAAGAAUGGACCUUGCAAACUAAGUGACUGGUCUGUCCCGUGAUAAUGUAUCAGUCCUUAGUUCGCUUAUUUCAUUUUGAUAUUUUGACUUUCACUUUUUAUUGUAUUUCAAGCAUAUGUGUUGAAUGAGAGAAAAAAAUAUAGACAUUCCAGCUGUUUUGCAAUGUUUUAAUUUAAAGAAAAGAACAAUUUAAUAAUAAAAAUAAAUGCAGUACAGCAUAAAUGUUAGCAUAAAAAUAAUUAAUCAAUCCUUUUUCAGUAAAAUGUGUUUGAAGAUGUUUAAAAAAUUUUUUAAUUAAUUCUAAAGGAAAAAAACUGCUGAGGUUUAUUUCAAAAUGAUAAAGAACUGAUAGUGGGAAAGCGAAAAAUUAAAGAUAGCUGCACUUGCAGCAGGAAGGAAUUUUGAUACUGUCCCAAAAAUAUUGUAUUACUGAUGGAAUAAGUCUUAAAAUUCCAAAAUAGUAUUUUAAAAUGAAGAAAAUUUGAGCCUAAAAUAGUUCAUUAUAAAUUCUGACAAUUUUUUUUGAUAAGGCUUUAAUUAAAAAAAAUAUAAUGUAUAAAUUUUUAUAGUUUUAUAUAAUCUUUCAUUUUACUGUUUAUGUUUAAAAAAGAAAAUUACCACCUUUUGAUACCAUCUAAAUUUUUUUUGCAAAAUGCGCAAUCGCGAGGAGUCUUACUCAGCCUUCGAAUACCCAAAAAAUAUUAACUUUCCCACCCUACACACUAAUUGUGUGCAUUAAAAAUAGUUUGAAUAAAUUUUCAUCAGGAAGUACAGGGGAGCAAAUGCAAAUGAGCAAGGCAACAGAAAAUAAUAUUUUGAUUUUUUUUUUUUAUUAUUAACGUAAAAACUGUUUCUAUAUUUGUCUUGUUAUCGCUUAAACAGCAAUAAAAGAAAUAAACAACAUCAUAGUCUUAAUAACUUCUCAGAUUUUUCUUCCAAACAGCCAUGCUUCCUUUUUUUUAUUUUUUCAUAAUGGAUAUGACUAACCUAGAUUGUGAUUUUAAA